UUAGGAACUUGAACCAAUAAAGGAAUGGUCAUGAAAUUCAUCAAAAUCCAAACCAUUUUUUUAUUCUUCCAAAGCUCAAUUCUCAUUGGCUUUUAAGAUCUGCUUCCUCACACCCGAGUUUUCCAAAUACAUUUCCUCCAGCACUUCCACCUCUAUCCAUAUAUUCAUUGCAAAAAACUCCUAAAAGGCAGUUAGCUUCAUCCUGUUCUACUUCUGAAAAUGAAGUUCUUUGGUUGGAUGCAAAACAAGCUUAAGGGGAAUAAACAAGGAAGCAGUAAACCAAAUGCAGUUUCUGCUACUCGUCAUAUGGAAAAAGAGCCUCGAGAAGAGUUCAGUGAUUGGCCUCAUGGGUUGUUGGCAAUAGGAACUUUUGGUAACAAUGACCUUAAAGAAAACCCUCAAUCCCAAGAUAUCAUUCAACAAGAUACAUCCGAUAUUCAAGAGGAGUCAUCUUCAUCUGAGGAAUUACAAGAAUUUACACCUGAAGAAGUUGGGAAGCUACAAAAGGAGUUAACAAAACUCUUGUCCCGAAAGCCUGCUUCCGAUGUGGAAAAAGAACUAGCAAAUUUACCAUUGGAUAGAUUUCUUAAUUGUCCAUCGAGCUUGGAAGUGGACAGGAGGAUCAGUAAUGCACUCUGCAGUGAUUCAGGGGAUAGAUCAGAGGAAGAUAUUGAUCGGACCAUAAGUGUUAUUCUCGGCAGAUGCAAAGACAUUUGUGCUGAAAAUAAGAAGAAAGCCAUUGGGAAAAAAUCAAUUUCUUUCCUUCUGAAGAAGAUGUUUGUUUGUAGCAGUGGAUUUUCACCUGCACCAAGUUUGAGAGAUACACUACAAGAAUCAAGAAUGGAGAAGCUUUUGAAGGUAAUGCUUCACAAGAAGAUUUACAGUCAGAAUCCAUCUCGAGCAUCAUCCAUGAAGAAAUACUUAGAGGACAAACAUACACCAAAAAGGCAAAAUAAUCAAGAUGAAACGCAGGAGAGAAAGAGUGAAGAUGGAUAUAAAUGGGUCAAAACAGAUUCUGAAUAUAUUGUUCUAGAGAUCUAAAAUCUACAUCUAUGAUUGAAAGCACCAAGAUUACAAGGUUCCAAUGUUCAAAUCUAGGAUUCAAGAACUUGAAUAGCUGCCUUUAUUGAUUCAGGACAAAAAUUUGGAAGAAGUAACUCUAUGAAUAAAUCCGAUAUCUGGAGGCUCAAAAUUACAGGGCAAAAAAACAAUUGUCUGAUUCAGACAGCAAUCUCUGUUUUGUGCUAGCUGUGUUCCCCCCCUUUUUUCAUGGUUGUACCUGUGGAUGCAAUGCAACCCAUGUUUAUUAGAUAUCUCCAAUGGAUAUCUGUAUUAGCACUGGCACAGCUAGACAUUAUUUAAUUUUUAUCCAAUUAUUCUGCACCAGCCCCUUUUUUCUAAAGCUUCGCCUUUUGUAAGAUGAAUUUUAGGUGAAUAAUAUUUUGAUU